ACCAGAAAGUGGUAACCUAUAUAAAGCAUACCGAAAGCACGCACACAUUCACCGUUCCCAGAGCUCCUUCGUCGGCCACUUAUUCUCAGUUCCCGUCCUUUGCUUACCCAGUCUUCGUACUUCGCAGAGCAUGGGUCACAACAACAAGACCAGGCGGUUCAAAAAUCACCCCUCCCAUAGGGCGCAAUCCAGCAGAACCCAUCAACUUCAACGGGAGGACGAGUCUCUUCCAUCUGAUCAAGUUGCAGCAGCUGAAGAGGAGCCUGCAGGUCCGAAAAUCCAACUUGCCAUGUGGGAUUUCGGACAAUGUGAUGCAAAAAGGUGCACAGGAAGGAAGCUUUCAAGAUUCGGCCUACUAAAAGAGUUGCGCGUGAGUAAUGGUUUUGGGGGCAUUGUUUUAAGUCCGGUUGGUACACAAUGUGUCUCAAAAGAAGAUCAUAGCUUAAUGAAGAGGAAAGGGUUAGCUGUUGUGGAUUGCUCAUGGGCCCGCUUGGGUGAUGUACCUUUUGUGAAGCUACGUUGUGCUGCUCCUCGUCUCUUGCCAUGGCUGGUAGCAGCAAAUCCAGUGAAUUAUGGGAGACCAUGCGAACUAUCUUGUGUGGAGGCAUUGUCUGCAGCUUUAAUCAUAUGUGGGGAACAGGAAACUGCAAAUCUGUUGCUUGGCAAGUUCAAGUGGGGUCAUGCUUUCCUGUCCCUCAACAGGGAACUUCUAAAGGCAUACUCCGACUGUGAAAAUAGUACCGAUAUCAUUUCAACUCAAAAUGGUUGGCUUUCCCAACAACGCCAGGUUCCGAAGGUUCCCCCAGAAGUCAAAGGAGCAGGCAUGGCAUCUCCCAGUGGGGAUGAGAACUCUUCUGAUUCCGACGAUGGGCUUCCACCACUUGAAAAGAAUAUGAACCAUCUGAACUUUCGGGAAAGCGAGGAAGAAAGUGAUGAAGAAAGUGAGUAGAUAGAAUAUUAUUAUAUUUAACAGUUGAACAGUGAGGCAGAAAUUGGAGGGUGCAAAACUUGUGGCCGCAAUGAGGGGCUCUGUACAAAUGCCCGAUAACAAAAA